AUGGUUCAUUAUGAAAAUAACAAACUUACAAAGCCAACUUUAUUGCUUGAAAAUUCUCUAUCUUUAACAAAUGAUAUAAAGUCAAUGGUUACAGCUGGUUAUUUGUUUUCUGCUUUAUGUUUUAUGGCUUGUUUAAAGGGAUUGUCUUCCUAUGAAACAGCUUGUAGAAGCAAUAUUAUUGGUUUUAUUGGAAUGAGUGUAGCAGUACUGAUGACAUUCUUAGAGGAAAAAUUUGGUAAUCACUAUUUUAUUUUUUUGACAACCACAAUAGUAGCUGCUUUUGUUGGGUUAUUUAUUGCAAACAAUAUAAAACUUACAAAAAUGCCUCAACUAGUUGCAACAUUCCAUAGCUUUGUUGGCCUUGCUGCACUAUUUGUGACUUAUUCAUAUUUUUAUUCAAAUAUUUCAGAGAACUCUAUUUCAAUUGGUCGUUAUUUAGAAAUAUUCAUUGGUUCCAUAAUAAGCAUGAUUACAUUUACGGGAUCUUUAAUUGCAGCUCUAAAGCUAGAUGACAUAUUUCCAAGUAAAAGUAUUAAUAUUCCAUUUAAAAAAAUUGUUUUUGAAACUUUAUUUAUUACAAUGGUUGUUACUGGAGCAAUAUUUUGUAUUUCAAGCAGUGAAAUUGCAACCUUUACAAGCCUUCAUUGUGGUGUAAUUAUUGGUGGGAUAACUGGGAUAUUACUAGUCGCUGGAAUCGGUGGAGCUGAUAUGCCCGUAAUUAUCAGCAUGUUAAACAGUUACAGUGGUUGGUCUACAGCUGUAUCCGGCUUUUUACUAGAUAAUAAUCUGUUAAUAAUAAGUGGUGCACUCAUUGGUUCGAGUGGAGCAAUUUUAUCUUAUGUAAUGUGCUGUGGUAUGAAUCGUAGCUUUUUAUCAGUAAUAUUUGGUGGUUUUGAUGAAGAUCUGGGUAAACAGCAAGUAGAAGAUCAUAAAUUUUAUCCAACAGCUCCAUAUGAGAUUGCAAAUGAGUUACUAUCAUGUUCGAAAGUUCUUCUAGUGCCUGGUUAUGGCAUGGCUGCUAGCCAUUCUCAGGAUGAAGCAUCAGAAAUUGUUAGACUGUUGAUUGGAAUUGGAGUACAUGUUGAUAUUGGCAUACACCCAGUUGCUGGAAGGAUGCCUGGUCAUAUGAAUAUUCUCUUAGCUGAAGCACAAAUACCUACAAUACUUGUGAAAGAAUUGGAAACUGUAAACAGUCAAAUGGAACAAUACGAUAUUGCACUUAUAAUUGGUGCAAAUGAUAUAGUCAAUCCAUCUGCAUUAACUGAAAAUAGCAAAAUUUAUGGAAUGCCAGUAAUUCAAGUAUGGAAAGCUAAGCAAAUAGUUGUUUGUAAACGAUCUAUGGCAUAUGGAUAUGCCUCAAUAUCAAAUGAAUUAUUUUCUAUGUCAAAUACAAAAAUGAUGCUUGGGAGUUUAAAAGAAUCACUAGGCCAGAUAAACUUAUUUUUAAGAGAAUCAUCUAAAUGCUGUAAUAAAAUAGUACAUAGUGAGGUAGCAAGUAUGAUUACAAAAUUUGAAGAUCAAAAGCCAUUACUAAAUGUAAAUUCUACUCAGAAUAUUUCAAAGACUCAAACUAUAACAGAGGGAGGGUCUAUUUGUAAAACUAUAGCAAUUUUACCUUCUUAUAAUGAGAUGGGAAAUGAAAAAACUGCACUGUUUCUCAUACCCCCAUCUUUUGUUCAGAAAUUCAGGAACUUUGGAUAUGGUAUUGCUGUCUCAAGAGAUUCAUUAAAAGAUCAGCAUUUGCAUUUCACUGAGAAACAGUACAAACAAGGUGGAGCAAUAAUUUCGAAUACUAUUGAAGAAUUAAUAAAAAUAAGUGAUAUUGUUGUAAAAUUGCAGAGGCCUACUGAAGGAGAAGUGUUUUACAUGAAACAAGGGCAAGUACUAGUGUGUAAUAUGUAUAUUGGGAUGUAUUAUGAUAAAGAAAAUCAACAGGAUUCCUUACUAACUACUCUUGUAAAAAAAGGAAUAACUGUAAUUGCUUUGGAUGAAGUUCCACGGAUAAGUCGUGCACAAUCUAUGGAUAUAAGGUCGACCUUAAGCAAUAUUUCUGGUUAUCGUGCUAUUGUAGAAGCCUUUAACUAUUUACCUAAAAUAAGUAGGUCACUAUACAGUGCUGCUGGCAAAAUUCAGCAAUCACAGGUUCUUGUAAUUGGUGUAGGUGUUGCUGGUUUGCAGGCAAUAGCAACAGCAAAAGGUAUGGGGGCAAAAAUAUAUGCUAUAGAUACAAGACUUGCAUCAAAGGAGGAGGCUGAAAGCUGCGGUGCGACAUUUAUUCACAUCCCAUCUAAUGAACUUGAAGAAGAUCAGGUAUACUCAAAAGAGAUGUCUGAGAAUUACUUAAAAAAACAGAGAUCGCUUAUUUCAGAUAUGUUGAGGAGUACUGAUAUUGUGAUAACAUCUGCUGCAAUACCUGGAAAACCUUCACCCAUACUAAUAACAAAAGAGGCAGUUUGCGAAAUGAAACCUGGCUCAAUUAUUGUUGAUCUAUCUUCCCAAUAUGGUGGCAACUGUGAAUUAACCCAAAAUAAUAGAAUAUAUAUUGAUGAAUCCAGUGGGGUAAUGAUUAUUGGUAAAAGUGAUUUUAUAUAUUCAAUGCCUGCACAAAGCAGUGAACUAUGUGGAAACAAUAUGUUGUCUUUAUUCUGUGAAAUGGGUUACACAGGAGAUAAAUUCAAAUGUGACCUAAAUAACAGUGUUAUUGGUCCUAUGUGUGUUGCAGGCGAUUUUAAAAUGUACUGGAAACCAUACCAUGAAAGACUAAAUAUAAAAGAAAUGAAAAAGGAAGUACAACAAAAAUCAAAAGUAUUUAUAAACUAUCAAAAAUCUAAUGUUAAUAAAACGUCAAUUAAGAAACCUGAUCUCUUGAAUGGUUAUAUUAUAUCACUUCCUUUUUUCUCAGUCUGUGUGGUAACUUUACUUUUUGUAUUCACACUGAUGGGAUUAUAUUUAAAUCUGCAACAAUUACAGCAUGUAUUUUGCUUUGCUACAUCAACAAUCAUUGGAUAUUACAGUGUAUGGUCGGUUACUCCAGCCUUACAUAGCCCUUUGCUAUCAGUAACAAAUGCAUUGUCAGGGAUUAUUCUUAUAGCUAGUAUGUUACAGUAUGGCUCCUCUACUGUUACAAAUACGACCUUGUUGGCCCUACUUGCUACAUUCCUUUCAUCUAUUAAUAUAUUUGGUGGUUUCUGGAUAACUAAUAGAAUGCUAAGUCUCUUUAAUUAA